AUGCCUCUAGAAAAAUCCUACUCGGAUCAAGUUGGUCGAACUAAGCGCUCGCCAUGGCAGCGAUCGAGGAGCAACCCCGUUCAGCAAACACCAAGGCCUCGAGCACUCCAGCCUGUGUCCGAGGUGACCAAGAACAAGCUCAAUAAGUUUCAGUAUCACCCCGCGAAUGGCGAAUCAGUCACAGAGAGCACAGAAAACGAACAGAAUGUAUCAAACAACCGAACCAAGGACGAUACAACGACUACGCCCGCUACUCGAUUGACCUGGCAAGAGCUGCUCGAACCUGCAGGUGGUACCGAAGAUGACACAACUACAUCGCCAAAUGACCGGCUCCUCUGGGACAACAGACAGGAUACGUUGUACAUGCCAGCAUUGUCUCCCAUGUUGAACCGCAAAGGAAGAAAGCGUGCUAGGAGCUCAUCGCCUGUUUCAUCUCCGGUAGCGGACAAGUCCAACACACCCUCGGUGAACGUCAAGAAGCUGGCGCAAGCCCUCAAGUCACCACACGCGGAUCCAACACUGGAAUUAUGGGACCGAUACUCGCUAAACGGAACCGACAAUGCAGGUAGUCCUCUAGGACUUGCAAACCCUGCACUUGCACAGCUGAUGGUAUCGUCUUCGCCACGGCCAUCGAAACCAACGGUUGGCGAAUCCAAUCUCAGACGAGCAAUAAGUUGCGGCUUGAAUUGGCCCAAAAGGAGAAGGGUUGAAAGAUCGACGUCAGGUAGUCGCCUGAGUACCGAGAUGGAAGAGAUGGAGGCGUCCAAGUCUUCAAUGGUAAAUGCACUGCUCGAUACGGUGACCAGUAGCAUCAACGGGCCAAGUGAGGAGCCCCGCGAGGAGCCUCAAGAUGCUCCAGAAUCUCCUUCUCCUAAGAAGAGGCGGAUAUAUACCACUAGCAAACCUGCUUCCUCGGACUAUGGUGAUGAUGACUUUGACGAAUUUGACGACGACACAAUAAUGCAACUUGAAGCUAGCAUCAACACUACUCAAUUGGAAACGAAUCCGCAACCAGAGGUAGCAGUAGCUGAAAAUAACACACUGUGCGAGAUCGAUGACGAGACACCGGAGAAGUUUGACGGCAAGCUGGAUGAAUUUGACGACUUGGACGAUGACUUCUUCGACGAGGCAGAAGAUCUCAUUACUGCGGACUCUCAACAGGUAUCACAGGCUCCAGCAACAACAAAACUCGACGACUUGGAUGAUGAAUUUGGAGACGCAUUUGGCGGAGACUUUGAUUUUGAAGCCGUGGAAUUGGCAGCAACACAAGCAGCCCAGAACUGCUCCGGAGACAGCCGGAAACCAAGAACAAUCCAACGAUACCUGGUGACGAAUGUCUUGGAGGGCGAAGGUCAAUGUAUCAUCGACGAUGGCCAAAAUCUUCUUAUUCUACACCCUGAUCAACUCAUAUCCGCAACUGUAGUGGCUGACUCGUUCGGUUGCAUGCGCCGUGCUGUGCUGCAAGAUCGUGUCAAGGCCACCAGUCCACCAACACCACCCCUUAUCUAUGGAACAAUGCUACACGAAAUUUUCCAAGAGGCCCUUCUUGCUAAUAAGUGGGAUCUCCCUUUUUUAUGCGCCGUCAUCGACCGAAUAACGGAAAAGCAUGUUGAAGACCUUUAUACUAUCAGAGUUGGCAUACCGUCAGCUCGAGAGCAUCUACAAUCGAAAAUGACCGAAUUGAGUUACUGGGCUGGCGCUUUCGUAUCUUCCCGCCCAAAGGAGGAUGCGGUAGUUGAAGACCGAAACGGGAAGAAGGCCAACAUGGCCGUUACCAAGCUCUUGGAUGUUGAGGAACACGUGUGGUCCCCAAUGUACGGACUCAAGGGCAACAUCGACGCAACCGUUGAAGUUGCAAUGCAAGAUGGAAAUGAUAUUCGGACUUUGACUGUGCCGUUUGAGGUCAAGACGGGUAAACAUGCAAACAGUAACCAUAUGGCUCAAACAGCACUCUAUACUUUGCUCUUAUCGGACCGCUACGACAUUGAGAUUGCAUAUGGAAUCCUCUACUAUAUGGAAACAUCCAAGACGAUGCGUAUUCCCGCAAUCCGACACGAGCUUCGACAUAUGAUCAUGCAAAGAAACCAACUAGCAUGCUACGUUCGAGAAAGAAGCGUCCAGUUGCCACCAAUGCUCAAGAGCAAGCACAUGUGUGGAAAAUGCUACGCCAAGACAUCAUGUUUUAUCUAUCAUCGACUCGCGGACGACGGAGAUGGGGACUCGAGUGGUAUGAACGAGAAAUUUGAUGAGCUCGUCAAGCAUUUAACCCCUCAUCACCAACAAUUCUUCAUCAAGUGGGAGAAUUUACUGACCAAAGAAGAGAAGGAGAGCCAAAAAACCAAGAGAGAGUUAUGGACAAUGACUAGUGCUGAACGAGAAAAGAAAUCUCGAUGCUUUGCAGAUGUCAUCAUCGAAGAAGGUUCAGCUUCAGUCGACACGGACAACCCUAGGAUCAAUCGAUACCACUACACCUUUGUCAAGCGAGAUCAAGUUUCAGGAUUCUCAUUCCUGGAGUCUGAGUUGUCAGUCGGAGAGCCAAUUGUGGUCUCUGACGAGGAGGGCCAUUUCGCCUUGGCCAUAGGCUACGUUACAGCGGUCAAGAGGCAACGAAUAAGUGUUGCAGUCGAUAGGCGACUCCAUAAUGCACGCAUUCGACAACCUGGGUUUGAUGAGAGGGACAACCAGAUUUUUGCUAGCAUUAUGGACGUUGCCCAUGAGGGCGCGACCCAGGAUGAGGCAACGGGCAAAAUUAAAGAGGCCCCUAUUCGCUAUCGGCUCGACCAAGAUGAAUUCAGCAAUGGAAUGGCGACUGUUCGCAACAACCUCGUGCAGAUGAUGGCAGACGAUAUCGUGGGAGCGCGGCAAAUUCGACGACUGAUUGUCGAUUUAGAAGCACCCAGAUUUAAGGCUGCACCAACUCAGUACAUCGUAUCGGAUCGAGAUAGCCUCAAUGUUGAUCAACAUCGAGCCAUUGAAAAAGUCAUGAGUGCUCAAGACUACGCACUUGUUCUUGGAAUGCCCGGUACUGGAAAAACAACAACCAUUGCUCAUAUCAUCCGCGCUUUGACAUCCCAGGGGAAGAGUGUGCUUCUGACCUCGCAUACACAUACUGCUGUGGACAACAUUCUGCUGAAACUCAAGGCUGACAGGAUACCUAUCCUUCGUCUGGGCGCCCCUGCUAAAGUACACCCCGACGUCCAGGAUUUCGCUAUUCUUGCAGGCCACCCAAUGAAGUCGUUCGAUGAGAUCAAAAAUGCAUGGCACGGGACACCAAUCCUUCCGCCCGUGGUCAAGAACGAAGAAGCACGCGAAGGCGGUCUCGAUGUCAGCCUGUUCAAACUCUUGUCCGACACUCACCCCCAAUCGGUCGUCAACUUGGAACAUCAAUACCGCAUGUGUGAGGAUAUCAUGGCUCUGAGCAACACUCUCAUCUAUGAUGGAAGGCUUCGGUGCGGUACAGAGCAGCUUCGAAGGCGGAAACUUGAAGUUCCACGAAUGGAGGCUCUCAUGCAGCGACAUUAUGACGCAUCAACCAUCAAUGCAGCAACUCCCCGGUCGUUCUGCGCUGCCCCUGGUCCGAAUCGAUGCUGGCUAUAUGACCUUCUCGAUAGCGAGGCACGCGUGCGUUUCGUUAACACUGACACAAUCCAACCUCCUGUUCGUGAAGAAGCCCAAGGCAAACGAAUCGUCAACUCGGCUGAAGUCCGCAUCGUUUCUCAGCUCGUUGACAGCCUUUUGACAGUUGGAGUUCCAGACUCUGAAAUUGGUGUGAUGACACACUACCGAGCACAGCUAUUUAUGCUCAAAGACAAGCUCAAGAUGUUCUCUGGAGUAGAGAUGCACACAACCGAUCGUUUCCAGGGACGAGAUAAGGAGGUGAUUGUCCUCAGUCUCGUGCGAAGCAAUGAAGCGUGUAACAUUGGAGACCUGUUGAAGGAUUGGAGACGAAUCAAUGUUGCUUUCACACGAGCCAAAACAAAGCUCCUCGUUGUUGGGAGCAAAUCGACACUCAAGGGCAGCGGCAGCGACAGUAUGCUAAGCCGAUUCAUAUCUUUGAUGGAGGACCGGAAUUGGAUCUACGAAAUGCCCGCCAAUGCGCUUGAGAACCAUUAUUUUGAGGACUUCGGUACACAGAUCACAGCUACAGGCCCUACACAAAGGAUUAAAUCACCACGGAAGAAAUGUUCUGGAAAGGAGAACCGCAAGCGUUCACCGAAAAUGGCCAGGAUUAGCGACAAGGCGUUAUUAAAAGGAAAACUUAUCACGAGGGACAUCUUGAACGAAAUGACCAACGGCGCAUAUGUUUGA